GGAGUCUAAAGAGGAGCCCAAGGCGAGGGGCGGAGGGAAAGAAUCGCCGGCCGGCGAGAGAAAUCUGUUCGAGUACGUUUUGGGUGCAACAGCUGAGUCCGCACAAACCCGCUAGAGAGAAGCCCGCACCUGCAAGUAUCUGAAGUAUCUGUGACUGGCAGUGUUAUUUGCGGAUCAUUUACCCUUUAAUUUCAUUAUUUUGUUUAUUUUAACGGCAGCUGUAAGCCGGGCGCUGUACCCUUGCCUUGCACAAUUGGUUUUGUUGUGUCACAGUCAGAGAAGCCGGCUGGGAGAUUGGGGGCCGUGCUGGGAGAACUCGCUUUCUGGGACUAAAGCUGCAGCCUUAGCACUCACUUGGAAUAAACAUCAGGCAGGAUAUACACCGACAGCACAAAGCCAUUGCCAUACCCUAAAGGGAAACUGCCUUCCAAUUUCCUACAGAGCAUCAGCGCUUGUUAUCUGGAAGUCUGUGACAGUGCACUGCCAAGGGAAUAGUACAUGUCAAUCACAAUCACAGCUCCUGCACUUCUCCACCUGAUGGCAGUUUGCACGUCCUCGUGAAACCUGCCAAGCUGGACACCACAGCUGUGCACCACGACACCUUGGCCGAUAUCGUGCCCAUUCAGCAAGCAAGUGACCAUGCAGUCCUAGCCUGUGACCCAGGCAUUCAUGAAGAGCACUAUGUAAGUGAAGCUGCGGGUCCAGAAAAUGUGCAGGACCAGAGAGUAUUCAGAGAUGCUGGCACCAUUACAGAUGUGUGCAACAGUACUGACCUUCCAGAAGUUGAAAUUAUCAGUCUGCUGGAAGAGCAACUGCCCCAUUACAAGCUAAGAGCUGAUACCAUCUAUGGGUAUGACCACGACGACUGGCUCCAAACACCACUUAUUUCUCCAGAUGCCAACAUUGACCUGACUACUGAGCAAAUUGAAGAGACUCUAAAAUACUUCCUUUUAUGUGCAGAAAGAGUGGGCCAGAUGACUAAAACAUAUAAUGAUAUAGAUGCUGUGACACGUCUGCUUGAAGAGAAAGAACGGGAUCUAGAAUUAGCUGCUCGCAUUGGCCAGUCUUUGCUGAAGAAGAAUAAAGCAUUAACUGAAAGGAAUGAAUAUCUUGAGGAACAAGUAGAACACAUCAAAGAAGAGGUUUCACAGCUGCGUCAUGAGCUGUCCAUGAAAGAUGAGCUGCUUCAGUUUUAUACAAGUGCAGCAGAGGAGAGCGAGCCGGAAUCCAUCUGCUCUACACCUCUGAAGAGGAAUGAAUCUGCCUCAUCUGUCCAGAACUAUUUCCAUUUUGACUCUCUGCAGAAGAAAUUAAAGGACCUUGAAGAUGAGAAUAUUGUUCUCCGUUCAGAGGCUUGCCACUUGAAAACUGAAACAAUCACAUAUGAAGAAAAGGAGCAACAACUUGUGAAUGACUGUGUCAAAGAACUACGGGAUGCCAAUGUACAGAUUGUCAGUAUAUCAGAAGAAUUGGCCAAGAAGACAGAUGAUGCUGCACGGCAACAAGAAGAAAUAACACACCUUCUCUCACAGAUAGUUGACAUUCAGAAAAAGGCUAAAGCAUAUGCAGUUGAAAAUGAGGAACUUGUGCAGCAUUUGGGAGCAGCUAAGGAUGCCCAACGACAACUCACAGCUGAGCUACGAGAGUUGGAAGACAAGUACGCAGAGUGCAUGGAAAUGCUUCAUGAGGCGCAGGAAGAACUAAAGAACCUGAGAAACAAAACUAUGCCCAAUGUCAUUUCCCGGCGCUAUCACACUUUGGGGGUUUUUCCUUUGGACUCAUUAGCAGCUGAGAUAGAAGGAUCCAUGAGGAAAGAACUGCAAAUGGAUGAGCCUGACUCUCCUGAAAUGAAUGGCAAUCACCAUAAACGAGUAUUCGAAACAGUGAAAAAUGUAAAUCAGGUUGUCAAACAGAGAUCACUGGCCCCUUCUCCGAUGAACAUCCCAGGAUCUAACCAGUCAUCAGCAAUGAACUCUUUAAUGUCUAGUUGUGUGAGCACACCACGUUCCAGCCUGUAUGGCGGGGAUGUAUCCAACAUUGUUAUUGAUAACAAGACAAAUAGCAUUAUCUUAGAAACUGAGUCCUCUGAAAAUAGCCUCAGUAACGGAGAUAAAAACAAGAAGCCUGGAACACCUGGCACUCCAGGUUCCAGCGAUCUGGAGACAGCUCUGCGACGUUUGUCUCUGCGUCGUGAAAACUACAUCCUGGAGCGAAAGUUCUUUGAAGAUGAUCAGGAGAGGAAGCUGCGGAGCCUAGCAGAGAAAGGAGAGAUCCAUAGCGGCUCUGUUACACCCACAGAUAGCAUCAUGUCCCUAGGAACCCACUCCAGGCUAUCUGAAUUCACAGGAGUGUCAGGGAUGUCGUACAGUAGCCGCUCCUACCUGCCAGAGAAACUUCAGAUUGUGAAGCCCCUAGAAGGUUCAGCAACUUUACAUCAUUGGCAACAGCUUGCACAGCCAAACCUGGGUGGUAUCCUGGACCCAAGGCCUGGUGUGGUCACCAAAGGCUUCAGGACUUUGGAUCUUGACCAGGAGGAUGUGUACUGCUUCACCGACUAUGAAGAAGAUGAGACAGGUGACAUUCCUUUCAAGAGCUUUACUACCUCGCCUUCCAUCCAGCACUCAGAGACCUCAGGUGAGAGGUCACAAGCACAAGUGACUGUAUCAGACAGCAAGAACUGUCCAAGUCAUUCUCAGGCUGCCCCCGAGGAUUUGCAAGAACCCGCGACAGACGAUGAUGAGGGGUCUGUGUACUAUCCUGGCAAAUGCAUGUCUCAAACCAACUCUACCUUCACUUUCACUACCUGCCGGAUUCUUCACCCGUCUGAUGAACUCACACGUGUCACUCCAAGCCUUAAUGCAGUGCCCACUCCAGCUUGUGGAAACCUGAACAAUCUGAAGUCGACGCCAGCGAGCACACCCUGUACACCUCGACGCCUGAGCUUGGCUGAAUCUUUCACCAAUCUUAGGGAAUCAACCACCACCAUGAGCACAUCUUUAGGGCUGGUAAGACUUUUGAAAGAGAGGGGCAUAUCUGCAGCUGUGUACAACCCACAAACAUGGGACAGGGCUGGAAAGGCUUCCCUGAUUAACCAUACUCUUCCAAAAAUGGCAAUCAUACCUUCUACCCCUCCAAACUCACCUAUGCCGACACCAAAUUCUUCCCCUCCUUCACUAGACUUUAAAUGCACCAGCCCACCCUAUGAUAACUUCCUGGCUUCUAAACCUGCCAGCUCCAUUCUUAAGGAAGUAAGGGAGAAGAAGAAUAUAAGGAGCAGUGAAUGCCAGACAGAUGUCUCUGUGUCCAACCUUAACCUUGUGGAUAAAGUAAAGAAGUUUGGAAUUGCCAAAGCCUCAGGAUCAACAGUAACACACGCUUUAUCUGACUGCCACAAGGGCACCCAAGGGCCAGCAAGGACAUAUGUUCCUGGAGGCCUUGUGCCAGAAGGCCUACCUAUAAACUACCCUGCUGUAACAAGUGCCAUAGGCGCCCUUCAUCUGAACUCUGGUAUCCGAAGGAACCGCAGUUUCCCAACCAUGGUUGGAUCCAGCAUGCAGAUGAAGGGACCAGCUACACUGACAUCUGACAUACUGAUGGGAGGCAAGUUACCUAAACAGACUACUUUACAAUGAGAAAUGUCUGCUGUACUUUGCUAGUAGAGAGGCUGAGAAAGCAGUGACCUUGCAUAGUAUUCUGCUAUUGCUAAAGACUUUCCGAAAUUCACCCUCCAUCCCUGUACUUUGUGCUGACAAAUCAACUUUGUGCCUACAUGAGCAAUUGGGACUGCACUUUGUAUAAAUAUGUACAUAUAAAAAAAUAUAUAAUAGAUAUCUAUUGUAAGAAAAUAUAUUUCACUGUACCAGUGACAUACUGUGGAGGCGGUAGUGGCUCUUCUACUGUAGAUAUUUGACAUGCUAAUAAUGUAUAUUAAACUGUUGAUGGUAGGAUACUGUAUGCACUGAAUGUAAGGAACCUCUGAACCUUAGCAAAGAAUGAUAGUGUUAGUUAAUAAAAUAAGAGGUCCAGCCAAGGUUUUAAUCAUUUCAGGGAGAAGGAAAUCUGGAACUCAACCAUGAGGCAACAGAAUAGAUUCCCAGCUUCCACAGUUUCAUACACUAUGCUUUUUCUUUAGGGGAUGUUUUUAAACGCAUAUCUUUACCUUUGUUCACAGUAAAGCAAAUGCCAGGUAUACAAAUAUAGUGUGCUUUGUUAAUUUUAUUUAAUAUGCUGCAAACACACCAUAAGGAAAGGGGCAACACAUUCACUUGCUAUAAUAUUAGCACAGGGAUAAAUACAUAGGGGCUAAGGCAUUAUGGUUUGGAUUUUAGUUUAGCAAUAUAGAUGAAAGACUACUUUGCAAUUCAUUAUUAUUAUUAUUAUUAUCUUUUGUUAAGUUUUACCAGAACACUGGGUGCUUUUCUGAUUAAAUAAGUAAGAAGGAAUAAAAAGGGAUAAACAUAAUCACUAUAUUGCCACCGGUGCUGCUAAAAGCGGGCAUACUUGAAAUCUAGGCUAGAAUUUAUUCUUUAGGAAAUAGGAAACUGUCAAUAAAGACUCUUUGGAAUGUCCACAUGAAACAAACUGGGGCCUAUUUUGAUUAUUGUUACUAAAGGAACACGAGUGCACUAAAGGUCUUGUCUUUUUUAUAUGCCAAUAAAGUUUUAAAAUAUUUUAUUUAGGGAAAUGUCUGAAACGCAGACUGGCAGGUUUGCAUUUAUGCACAUCUGAAGUAAUAAAGUUGUGAUAUUUAUAUAUUGACUUUUCUUUUUUUUAUGACUAAUAAUGUAAAUGGUUUUCUUAAAAAUGUAAAGUCCUACAUGGAGGUCACUUUGUAGCCUGUUGACAGUAUUACAAGCUAUGGGGAACUAUCUUGAGGCAAGAAGUAGACAUUUGCAGCACAAAUAAAUCCUGUUUCAGCCUCCUAUUCAAGUUGCAUGUAUAAAGCCUCCAAGCCUGUCUGAUUCUGUAUAACUGUUUCAUGUUCAUUCAGUGGUUCAGUUCAGGCAUUGAUAAUACUUCCAAUGUAAUGUUAAAAGAAGGCAUUUUUUAACAAUUCAUACUGCUUAGUAAUCUGUAUGUAAUAUUCAUUUACUCCAUUGGUUCCAAACAAUAGAACUUGCAUGGCUAGGCCUUCCUGCUUUUGAUCUGGCAGUUUUUGCUGGCAAGAUUUUCCUCAUCAGCUUCUUUAUUUUGGCUAAUGGGUGCCUAUUGCAAGUCAUAUACAUUUGUUUUAUUUUCAUUAUAUUGUAUCAUUAAACUGUCGCUAGAAAUCUAAUGGUAACGACUGUUUAACUCCUGUCAAGAUUUGUUUUGCAAGAUACUAAAAUGAACAAAAAGCUUGCACCUUUUGCCUUGCCACUAAUAAAUAUCAAUACCAAUAAAA